AUGGAUUCACACUUACCUUGCAAUGAAAUCGUCUGUCCUGCAAAUCCGCGCGACGUAAUCUACAUUCCCUCGGUGAUUUCCUCAAUUUUAAAGUUUAUCCCCUUCUACGAGAGGCUUUUGUUGCGAUUGGUAUGUAAGAAUUGGAAUAAAAGCUUCCAGUUUUCACAAUGUUGGGAAAGUAUCGAUUUCCGCUUCCAUAACCUUCUAGAGCAUCCUCUCUACGGCCAAUGUAUCAGGCGUUUCAUUACAGACACUAAAAGGGUUGAUAUCUGCAUCGACCAACUCAAAAGUGUCUGUGCUUUUGCUACACAUCAAGGUGUGUAUAAGAAGACCGGGCAGUUUCCAUGGGAAUCACGGGAACUUUCGGAAGCCGAAACCGACGUUUCUGCAAGUUAUGAAAGGGAUGUCUGUGAUGACAUGUCCAUAGAAGAAGUGAUUUCAGUGGAAAGUGAUGUAUAUAUGGAAGAAUGUGAGUGUAUUUCCAUAGAGGAAGAUGGUAUAUACACGGAAAAGGGUGAUACAGGAGUUGAAGAACAUCUUGUAAACAUGUUGAACUCGUUAAAAAAUCUAGAGUUUCUCCAAAUUAGUGAAAAAUGCGGCCAGUACAAGACAAUUUGUACCAGGGUUAGUCCCCUAAUUCUGGAUCAUGUUUCUACACACAAGAAUAGCAACGAAGUGAUAAUCUCACAUGUCGAUUUGGAUGUCUCAAUGGAGGAUUUAAACACACCCAAGGAUCUUGCAAAUGGUCUCCAAACAACUCCGCAGAGUGCCAUCAACUCACCUCAAAAGAGCCUUGCGGACAGGACCGUGUUACAAACACUUAUAAUAGACUCUCCAAUCGAUAUUUCAUCCUUGUUAAAACUUGUGCCAUUUGUAAAGAACGUGAAGAACUUGGUAAUAUCACGAAUUAUCGAUUGUAGCGUGAGAUUUACAAAUGUGUGUCCGACAGAGGAGUCGUAUUAUAGUGUACACUCGUAUAAUAUUUGCAGUGCUGUUGCAGAACUUGUUGAACAUGUUCCAGAAAGUCAACUCGUGAGUCUCCAAAUUGGAAGGACUCUAAAUUCACAUCCGGAAGAGAAUAUACAAAUCGCAAACGACGCUAAAUUAAGGAACAUCAGAAGAGUGAAGGAAGCCGAAAAGAUAUUUGGGGAGGGAGUAGACGAAGCUGACGAGGUCUUGCUGGUAUUACUGGAAAGACAGGCAAAUAUAAAAUACCUCAUUAUGGAAGACGUGGAUCUAUCGUACGGUGCAUACAAGAAAAUGAACCUGCUCAAGUAA